CUUCCAAUCCGUCGCCUCUGUCUCUCUACUACUCCAUCCCAGCCAAACUUUUCUCUCGCCCUCGAAGCAGCAGCCGCCGCAGCAUCCAUGGCACCCAAGGCCGCCGAGAAGAAGCCGGUGGAGAAGACCCCCGCGGGCAAGAAGCCCAAGGCGGAGAAGAAGGUGCCGGCGUCCAAGGAGGGCGGCGACAAGAAGGGGAAGAAGAAGGCCAAGAAGAGCGUGGAGACGUACAAGAUCUACAUCUUCAAGGUGCUCAAGCAGGUGCACCCCGACAUCGGCAUCUCCUCCAAGGCCAUGUCCAUCAUGAACUCCUUCAUCAACGACAUCUUCGAGAAGCUCGCCGGCGAGUCCGCCAAGCUCGCGAGGUACAACAAGAAGCCCACCAUCACGUCCCGCGAGAUCCAGACCUCCGUCCGCCUCGUCCUCCCCGGCGAGCUCGCCAAGCAUGCCGUCUCCGAGGGCACCAAGGCCGUCACCAAGUUCACCUCGUCCUAGGCUCCUCGUGCGUUGAGUCUUGUGUUUCUUUCUUCUUCCUCGUCUGAGGAACUCUGUAGGUAGCUGUGUGUUUUCUGACAGUGUCAUGUUGUAACAAUGGUGCUGCUGAAUAAAUAGUCAUGUUGCUGCUUGAA